UGUGCUUGUGUGUGUGUAGGAGAGAGACGUGGAGCGCCGGAGGCAGCUGAGGGAGAGGGCCAGACAGCUCAUCGCCGAGGCUCGUUCUGGGGUCAAGAUCACAGAGAUGCCCCUUUACGACACGACCACUGACCGAGGGAGAGGCAAAACCACCCCUACUGGAGAUGUGUUGGAUGGAGAUGCAGGUGAUGAUAAUGGGGGUGAGGAGGAGGAGGGGGGGAGAGAUGAGGAAGAUCACCAUGAUGAAACUGUUACAGAGGCUACUGCGGUAGAUACUAACCCUCCUGAGGCCCCUCCGACCUCCUCCACCAUCCAGGGGCAUCAGGAGUCUACUAACCCCAGCUCUGAGCUAACCUUUCUGGGUGUGAACAGUAAACCCAUGGACUUGAAGCUAAAGAUGAUGGAGGUUCGACCUGGAGGACCCAACUCUUCCUCCUCUCCUUCGUCCUCCUCUUCCUCUCCCUCCUUCUCCUCAUCCACCUCGCCACUCAGCCCCACAGAGAACAAUGCAGAGCGUCUGCGCAGGGCGACAGAGAGACUGCGUGGUCCUGUAGUCUUCAGUCAGAGCCAGCUGUCAGGAAAACACAGCUGAGGUCCUUCAGCCAGUUAUGUGGAGGUCAGGCCAGAGGUAAAGCGUCAGAGAUCAGUACCAGAGGAUCAGAGACGGACGGGCGAGGAGAGAGGACUGGCACCAGACACCGAUGCUCGCAAGCCUUAUGAAGAUGAAAAGGCGUUCAAAGACACCAGUCAGUACGUUGUCGGGGAGCUGUCUGCUCUGGAGAGCGAGCAGCGCCACAUCGACGCCCGGGCGGCGCGCGUGGAGAAGAGGCUACGCUAUCUCAUGGACACAGGGAACAGUAAGGAAGAGGAGGAGGCCAUGAUGCAGGAGUGGUUCAUGUUGGUCAACAAGAAGAAUGCUCUGAUCAGGAGACAGAACCAACUCUCUCUACUGGAGAAGGAGCACGAUCUGGAGCGACGCUUUGAGCUGCUCAACAGAGAGCUGAGAGCCAUGAUGGCCAUCGAGGACUGGCAGAAGACAGAGGCUCAGAAGAGAAGAGAGCAGCUGCUGCUGGAUGAACUGGUCAUACUGGUCAACAAACGAGACGCGCUGGUCAGAGACCUCGAUGCACAGGAGAAACAGGCGGAGGAGGAAGAUGAACACCUGGAGAGAACCCUAGAGCAGAACAAAGGCAAGAUGGCCAAGAAGGAAGAGAAGUGUGUCCUUCAAUGAUUGUCAUUUCAUUUCACACACACACACAAACACACACACACACACACACACAUAUAUAUAGUCUUCGUCCCAAAUGACACCCUAUGUCCUAUAUAUUACUUUGACCAGGGCAACAUAGUGCACUAUAUAGGGAAUAGAGUGCCUUUUGGGACACAGAUACAGACUAUAAUAUUUGUUUGAUCGAUACAAGAAUUGUAUUAUUAUUAUAUUGACUAUUAUUAUUGUAAUUAUUAUUAAUAAUAUACCAUUAUAUUGACAUAUUGUUUUAAUAUACCAUUUCUUGACAUUAUUAUAAUUAUAAUAAUGAUUAUAUUGACAUAUUGUUAUUAAUAUACCAUUAUAUUGACAUUAUUAUAAUUAUUAUUAUUAUAUUGACUAUUUGAGAAACCUGUAUUUUAAGUUUAUUUGAACCCUGAAAUGUAAAUCAUGUUGUUGUUUUUGUUGGUCAAGGGCUGUGAUGGUUUUACUGCUAAACUAAAAGCAUGCAUCCUAAAUGCAGCCCUAUUCCAUAUAAAGGGCACUACUUUUGACCAGAGCCCCUCACUAUAUAGGAACCAGGGAGCCAUGUGGGAGGUGUAAAGGCUCUGUAAGGAUGAGACCAUGAUGUCUUGAACCAGCUUUAUACUGACAUGGAAAUGGGUCCUGCUUAUACAACACACUAGAUUGUUUUCAUGUUGUUGUUGUUGCUUUAUCAAGCAAGGUACUUGUAUUUAAUAUACAUAUAAAUGAUGGCAUAUUACAGCCCAGUGAAAACCUACCACGGGAGGGAUUGAAUUUCAUUCAGACACACACAGCCUUCUCUUGGCAGAAUGUUUCAAUGUUGAGGAGCUUGGAGACAGAGAUUCCUUUAUAGUGGUUCUGAGGUACAGCACGAGUUGUUUUAUUGCGGACGUUGGUGAUGAUAGCCAAUGAUAUUAUACUGAUGUCUAUUGUUUCAGUUGGACUUUAAAAACAAACAAAAAAAAGAGUAUAAUUCACGAUAUCAGUAUUUUCAAGCUAUGUUUAUUACUUGACUGUGUGUAAUGUUUUUAACGGUAAUAUCUCAAGAUGCAGUUCAUAAACCGAAAAACUGUUAUGAUUUUUUUUUUUUCGCUUGAAUGCGGUUAACCAAACAUUUCAGAAGAAGAGCUGGCUCGGUGAUAAGGAGAGGGGGGGGGGGGGGAUAAGGGGGAGGGACGGAGGAAGAGUAGAGGGGUAAGGAGCAGAGCUGAGGCGGGGGUCGUGUCCAACAUUUUGUAUAUUUCAUCACCGCUCUGACAACGGCAUACAAAAAAACUUUUUUUUUCCCGGAUCAAUUCCGCAAAGCAGUUGAAAGCAAAGAAAGCAGAAUAACUUUUAUUUAAUUGCCGUCUUAUAGUCGGUAGUAGGAAUUCGACGGGCUAUACGUGUUAUUAGUGAACCAGCAACACGACACAACCAUGUCAUAUUCUACGGGCUAAUACGUGUUAUUAGUGAACCAGCAACACGACACAACCAUGUCAUAUUCUUGCAUUUCUUGCAUUUUAAUCAAAAGGGCGUUUUGUUUAUAUUUAUUGUACACAUACUGAAGAAGAGAUCAUGUGUUGCUUUUAUUUGUGCUUCGAUCUCCUGGUUCCAACAAUAGAAAUGUAAUUAUCAGAAAGGCCAUAUAGCCCAUCAGAUCAUUCUAGUAGUUAUAUUUCUAUCGGUUCCACUACAUCCGAAUGCAGCUGCUGUCUGAAACGUGUGAACAUUUACCUGUGUGAUUAUUUAUUCCACUGUCAAUAACACAAGUCUUCAAUAAAGUCCGAAACUUUCAUACUCCA